AUUCCUUCCAGCAGUGCUUCGAUCCUGCACAAGAUUCUGCCCACUCGGAGUGUUCCUUCGUCGCCAUGAGUGCUGCAAAGGUUUCCAAGAAGCGCAAGGCUGUCACCAAAGAUGUCGAGGAGGAGGCCGGUGUGUUCUCUGGCGACGAAUUGAACGUCGGCGACAUUGAUGGUGCGCUUUCGGACGAUGCCAACGACCUGUCGAGCGACGAGGAGGAUUCUGAAGUUGAAUUGGUUGACGACUUCAGCUCCGAUGAGGAUGACGAUGAAGAGGAGUUGGACAGCGAUGAGAUCCCCUCCGACGGAGAGGCGCCUCUCAAGAAAAAGUCCGGCACAUCAGCUGCGGACCUGGAAGUACCUACGAACGACGACGAGAGCUCCAGCGAGGAAGAGCAACCCAACUUCCGCAUUGAAAAGGAUGCCAAUGGAAACGACCGUUACGUCUACGACGAGAUCAACCCAGACGACAACUCCGAUUACUCUGACGUCGAAGAGAAUGCGAACACGAUCGGUAACAUCCCGUUGUCUUUCUACGACCAAUACCCCCACAUUGGCUACGACAUCAAUGGAAAGAAGAUCAUGCGUCCUGCCACCGGAGAGGCUCUGGAUGCUUUGCUUGACAGCAUUGAGAUCCCCAAGGGCUUCACCGGUCUGACUGAUCCCUCGACCGGUAAGCCUCUGGAGCUGAGCCAGGAUGAGCUGGAGUUGCUGCGCAAGGUGCAGAUGAACGAAAUCCCCGAGGAGGGCUACAACCCAUACGAGCCUUUGAUGGAAUGGUUCAGUAACAAGCAGGAAAUCAUGCCCCUUAGUGCUGCUCCGGAACCCAAGCGUCGAUUCGUUCCCUCGAAGCACGAAGCCAAGCGGGUCAUGAAGAUUGUGAAGGCCAUCCGCGAAGGUCGCAUUCUGCCUUACAAGCCCCCGUCCGAAGAGAAGGAAGAGGACCUCGAGCUCAUCAAUUAUGACCUGUGGGCAGACGAGGCAGAGCGCCCAGACCACCCCAUGCACGUUCCUGCCCCCAAGCUUCCUCCGCCAGGCUACGAGGAGAGUUACCACCCGCCUCCGGAGUAUCUCCCCGACAACAAGGAGCGCAAGGCCUGGCAGGAAGCCGAUCCCGAAGACCGGGACCGGGAAUUUCUCCCUACCGACUUUGGCUCUCUCCGCAAGGUCCCUGGUUACGGCGAGUUUGUCAAGGAGAAAUUCGAACGUUGCUUGGAUCUUUACUUGGCUCCUAGAGUUCGCCGCAGCAAGCUCAACAUCGACCCGGAGAGUCUGCUUCCCAAGCUGCCCAGCCCUGAAGAGUUGAAGCCGUUCCCGUCUGUCUGCGCCACGGUGUUCCGGGGACACAAGGGCCGUGUUCGUUCUCUUGCCGUCGACCCCACGGGUGUGUGGCUCGCCACUGGUGGUGAUGAUGGCACUGUCCGCGUUUGGGAAUUGCUCACCGGUCGUCAGCUGUAUAGCGUCAAGGUGGGUGAAGAGGAUCCUGUCAACGUUGUCCGCUGGAGGCCUAGCAAGGAUGCCGUGGUCUUGGCUGCCGCCGCCGGUGACGAUAUCUACCUUAUCGUGCCCCCGAUUCUCGACCCCGAACUUGAGCAAGCCAGUUUGGAUCUUCUCGACGCCGGCUGGGGAUAUGCCGCUUCUAAGCCUGCCCCGAAGGCCUCGGAAGAAGGCAAGAAGACUACCCCUCCCCAGUGGGUGCGCCCCUCGGCCGCUCUCGCCGACAAUGGCGUGUGCGCUGUCAUUCCCCUCCGCUACGUGGCCAAGUCUAUCUCGUGGCAUCGCCGCGGUGACUACUUUGUUACCGUCUGUCCGGGCUCUUCUACCCCGGCAUCCAUGGCCAUUGCCAUUCACACUCUGUCCAAGCACUUGACUCAGUACCCCUUCAGCCGGCGCAUCAAGGGUGGUGGCCCGCCCCAGACCGCGCACUUCCACCCCUCGAAGCCCAUCCUCUUCGUUGCCAACCAGCGCACCGUCCGUGCCUACGAUCUCUCCCGCCAACUGCUCGUCAAGAUCAUCCAGCCCGGUGCCCGCUGGAUCUCCUCGUUCGACAUUCAUCCGACCUCCUCCACCGCUUCGGGCGGAGACAACCUCAUUGUCGGAUCCUACGACCGCCGUCUGCUGUGGCACGAUCUUGAACUCUCCCAGCGCCCCUACAAGACCCUCCGUUACCACCGCAAGGCCAUUCGUGCCGUCAAGUUCCACCCUAGCGGCCGCUACCCUCUGUUCGCAGACGCCAGUGACGACGGCUCUCUCCAGAUCUUCCACGGCAGUGUCACGGGUGACAUGCUCAGCAAUGCCAGCAUUGUGCCGCUCAAGGUCCUCAAGGGCCACAAGAUCACCGGCGAGCUCGGUGUCAUGGAUCUCGACUGGCACCCGCGCGAAGCCUGGUGUGUCAGUGCCGGUGCGGAUGGAACCUGCCGGUUAUGGAUGUAAUUAUUAUAAUUGGUCUUCCUUGUGUGUAUCCUGUUCAAAUUUACAUGGGAGGCGUUUUGGUGUGUGCAUAACUAAAUUUAGAGUUUCUGAUAUCCAAAAGUUCAUUCACUCCUUCAUUG